AUGUAAUAAAAAUUAAGAUUAUUUACAUACUUUAGAUCAUCAACUUCUCACAGAAUAAGGAUUGUAUUAAAUCUAAAAGAAAUUGAUUAUGAACCAAAAUUCAUUAAUCUUCUUUAAGGUGAACAUAAGUCUGAAAAUCAUAGCUAAGAAUUACCAAAUUAAGUAAAUUUGAUUUUAAUAUAUAUAGGCUGUUCCAGCUUUACAUCUUCCAGAUGGAACAAUUUUAAUAGAAAGUAUGGCAAUAGCAGAAUACUUGGAUGAAGUUCACCCUGAAAAGAAGUUGCUUCCAUAAGAUCCUAUUUAAAAGGCAAAGGUUAGGUAAUAGGAUUGAUUAAAUAUUCUUAGAGGCUUUUGUGAGCUGAUUAAUUCUGGAAUGCAUCCAUAUUAGAAUCUAAUAAUGUUUGAAUGGAUAGAGAAGUAUGUAGAAAAGUUUGAUCGUGUAGAAUUCGUAUAAAAUAUGUUGAAAAGUGAAUUUUAAAGUAUAUUAUUUUAAUCUAUAUUUAAUUAGCUGUAGAAAAAUUAUUAUUGUAGAAUCAUGGAAAAUAUUGUUUUGGAGAUGAAAUCACCUUAGCAGAUUGCUUUUUAGUUCCAUAAGUUAUGGGAGCUAUUGCAAGAUUUAAAUUAGAUAUUACUUUAUUCCCAACAAUUUAAGAAGUUUAUAAUAAUUUGAAAGAUUUACCUUCAUUUUAUAAAGCUUAACCAGAUUAAUAACCAGAUUUUAAAUGA